AUGUUAGUAUUACAUUUCUUGCAAUGUGCUGUAUGGCCACCGAUCCUUCCGAAUCUACGCAAAAUUGAUCCGAAUCGGUUCGGCGGUAUUAAGUAUAAUGUUCCAUUGGAAAAAUUGCAAAUUUUUGACCGAUCACCUGAAUUACCACCUGAUCGUCGACGGAACUGUAAAACGGUUGCUGAAUUGUUGAUGGCGUUUUUCGAUUAUUAUGCCAGGUUCGAUUUUGCAAAUCAGAAAAUAUCAAUGCCUCAAGCACGUGUCUUAGACAGAGAGAGACCAUUUCGUGGGUAA